UCAAAUUUCACUGUGUUGCGAUUCUCACGAAGACACAGAUGGCGCGCGGAACUUCCAGCUGUCAAACAGGAACACAAAUUAGUUUUUAAUCGUUUUCUCACAGCUGAUAUUAUAAUUAACGCACACAACAAUGGGGGUUAUUUUGUCUAGAUUUCGGAAAAAGAAGUCUACCAUCGAAGUUUUAGAACACCUUGAUCAGGAUAUAAAGAGACUUGAGCAGUUCAAGCGGAAGAAUCAAGAGAGACAGAAGUGGUUUAUUGCGAAGCUCUUACUGUAUUCUAUUCUGUUGUAUGUAGUGUCAGCCCUAGUCUUCUACUUCUACUACUUUCCAGAGAAAUGGAAGGAAAGACUUCUGUAUUCAGUGCCAUUGCUGUUGUUUCCAGUUGUGAUCUGGUGUGUGAAGAAAAUUUUACAUUGGUACUUUGUUAAAAGAAUUGCUAAAAAUGAUCUCGCUUUAGAAGAGCUCAGGGAAAAGAAGAAACAGAUAUUAGAAGAUGUCAUGGAGACAGAGACGUAUAAGAAAGCUAAGGAGAUCCUUGAAAAGUUUGAUCCAGCAAGGUUUAAAGAAUUGGAGGCUCCUAAAGAAACUCCAGCAAAGCCUACGCCUGGUACAGAGUUGCGGCAAAGACAGUUUGCUCAGCGGACAUCUCCAGGUUCGCAACUGAGGCCGGGAGUUACACCUGGAUACCCAGGCAUGACGCCUAUGAGGCCACAACAGGGGUCAAAUAUUAGGCCAGGAAUGACACCGUUUGGGCCCAGAGGAAGUGCUCAAGGCAUGCAGCCAAGAAAUAUCAUGAAUACUCCACAUGUAAAUGGUGGUACCCCGCAAGGUCCGCCACUACCAAGGCCAGUUUUACCACGGGAGAGAGGGACCAUGGACAGACUGUUAGAAUACCUGGUAGGGGAUGGACCACAGAACAGAUAUGCACUGAUAUGUGCAAACUGCUUCUCACAUAAUGGUAUGGCUAUGAAGGAGGAAUUUGAAUACAUCACUUUUCGAUGUUGUUAUUGUUAUGCUAUGAACCCAGCUAAGAAGAAGAGACCAUUUGCUCCAAGGAUAGAACCUCCAGCCCCAGUACCAAAGAUUCAAACCACAUCUAGUCAAGAAGACAGUGAUAAUGAAGAUGAAGAUGAUGACAGUGAAGGCAGUGAUGAUGAUGAUGCUGGAGCCAAUGAGAAUGGUGAUGAUUUUACACCAGACCCAAGUAGAAACCGUAAUGCUGAAACUGAAGAAUCAAUGGAGGUGGAAAAUGAUGAUGUGAAGACAGGGACACAGGCUCAUGGAAGUGAAGUUGCAGGGAACCAGGCCAGUACUGGAGAGUAGCCUUCAGGGGAGAUAACUUGAGAUUAAUAUAUACAGCAACCUUUCAGACUGUAUUUUUGUCAGGAUGUUUUUUGUGUAAAUUUUUAUUUAUAUGUAAAGAUAUACAAUCAUAGAAAAAUGAAAUGAAUCUGCCAUGUUCUUUAGUCUUUUGUUGUGAAUAAGGAAUUUCCAAUCGAGGUAGAGAUUUUGUCCAAAAAUCGAGGUUCUGCCAAGUUUUUGCAUGUAUCUCAAACUGAGGAUGGGACGACUUAACCACAACUUAACUUGCCUGUUGUAUUUAUUUUCUCACUGUUUAUUAAAUUUAUCACCCAUGAGUCAAUUGAAACAUGCAAGACCAUUACAAAACAUAAUAUAAAUAGUGAGGUUAAAAAAGACAAGGAUGUCUUUAAGUAUAAAAGGCUGAUUUCUCAAAUACUUCAACUUUCUGACACUGUAUAUGAUAGAGAUUUGAUAAAGGUAAACAAUAAUAAGUAAUCCAGUUAGGCUAUAAAGACAUAGUAAAAUAAAGAACUCUGACCGAUGGUUGAUUGGCGUUGUACCUCAUUUAGAAUACUCCUGUCUCAGAGGUGAGAAAACUACUAUUUAAACAUGAUUACAUAUAGAGAACUCUCAUAGCUUAGGAAAAAAUAUUUAAACAAUUUUUUUGAUAGAUUACUGUCUUGACAGUCAUAAUACGAAAGUUGAAAAAGCUGAGCUAAGAAUGUAAGAGUUUGUGGUAAACUAGACUUCAGGUAAACAUUCUGUUACUGGUUUGUGCAGUCAGUAAAACAGUUUUCAGUUUACUAUUGAUAUAGAUGAUGGUGCUCUUGAAAUUGAAAACUUACAUUGCCAUGUUAGUUCAUUACAUGACAUAUUAUUAUUGUAAAUACUUGUGCAGAAAUAUGAAAUGACAAUACUGAUGUAAUUCUUUUGUAAAUUUGUGAUGAUUGUUAAAGUACAAUUUAUUUAAUUUUGGUAAAAUGUGCAUAAUACUUAUAAUGUAUGGGUUUCAUUUUUGUGGCAUAUGUGUAUGAUUUAACAUGUACAUUGUAUUUUUAUACACAUAAAUACAUCAGAUACAAUUAUGAAAUAGUGCUAUUAAUCUUAACCAAAAAAUUGUGUUCAUGAAUUAUACACUUGCCCAUCCAACACACAUUCUUUUUUGUUACAAAAGUUACUUUUUGAUCUUGCAAUAGCCAGAAUAGAAUGUCUUGCCAGAUGUAGGAAUUAUUCAGAGAAUGUUACACUAAAAUUAACAACAUGCGGAACAUGAAAUGCAGGAACUUCAUGUAAAAUAAAUUUCUAGUCCAUCAUUCAAUUUGGGCAAUACCAUUUAUUAUUCAAAGGGGUGUUCACUGAAAAUUUAUUGACUGAAUAGCGAACAGUGCAGACCAUGAUCAAACUGCACGGAUGUGCAGGCUGAUCAUGAUCUACACUGGUCGCAAAGCAAGAAUCAAUUGUGCCCAGCAUGGUAAGAGUUAAAAAUUUGUUGUACAAAUCAAUUUGGAUAGUAUUAAUUUCUUCAGAUGUACUUUGUUAUAAAAAUCAUCACUUUAGGACUUUAGUGGCCUUGUGGGGUUUAUUUUGAUAGGCAUUGAAAAGUUUAAACAAAAUACUUGCAUGGACCAUACACCAAGGACCCUCCUAGAGGUUUCUGCUUGGAUCUUUUAUAGUUUCUAAUGUCCAAGGUACAAGUAAUACUGCUCAUUGACCAUACUAUAGCAUUAAUUGAUUAAUUCAUUCAAUGCAAGUGCUAGUUAUUUUAAUCUCUUUGAUAACAUGUAAGUGUUUCACAGUGUUUGGGUUUAUAGAAAUUCUUUAUGAGAUUAAGUCUGUAGAUUAACUUAAUCCAACAUUAUUACAUUAUCUGUUACGUUUUCAAGGACUCAUACUUUUCGGAUAUUACAUUCUAUAAAAAGAAAAUGGUACGCCAUAUUAAAUUCAGGGUUUUUUGGAGGCAGCUAUAUUGAGACCAUGCUGUUUGUAACAUUUCUCAUUGUGUGCCGAAAAAAUAAGCUCUCUGUUUUGUUAAUAUAUCAUGAAUUCUGCUUUCAUGUUGGUACUUUUGCCAGUUGUUUAUUUACCAAUGUAAUGUGGUUAUACUAAUGCCGACUAAAACAUAUGUAGGAUAUUUGUAGUGUCACAAACAGAAAGAAAAUUUCUUUAGCUGUUCGCCACAUAUUAUAAUGAUUAGUAGAUAGUCUAAAUGUCUUCAUGAAUGGAAUUUUUUAUACAAAGUUAAACUGGCUAUAAAAUGUCUAACGUUUUUGGAUUCAUGUCAGAUGUUGCCUAAAAUUCUAGUCAUCAUACGAUGUUUGAAAUUUUAUUAUUCAUCCCUACUUCGAAGAAGAGGGGGUGCUGGUAUAUUGUUUUGCUUGGUGUCUGUUUGUGUAUCUUGCAGUGCUUCGUUGAUAGACCAUUUGGUUCAGACUUCAUAGGAUAAUUGCUUGUUGUCAGUAGAUGCCUGCUAUUAAUUUGGGGGUCAGUAGGUCAAAGAUCAGGUCUCGGUGACAUUUACUAAAAACAGUUGCUGAAGAAUGCUUUUGCUUAUAGUUGUCAAAGUUAAGAAGUUAUGUUUGUAUGUUGAAGUCAUUUACAAAUGUACCAAAUGUUCCAGUAUAAUUUUAGACUUUCAGGUUUCAUCUCAGUAAUUAUACUUUUUAUAACCAAAUAUAGUUCAUAUAUAUCAAAAUCGUUCACGUAUACCAACAUAGUUUUCAUAUGGUUUGGCUGUAUUUUUGUAAAUGUGCAUUAAGUUCAUUUCUCAAUAGUUAUAGUACAUAUAACUCGAAAUAGUUCAUAUAAACUGGACUUAAUUCAUUCAAACCAACACAGUUCAUGUAAACAUAUAUAGUUCAUAUAAACCAACAGUGGGCCUUAUACUUCCUCAUUUAUUUUCUGAAAAUCUUUUCAUCUGCGACAGUGGAUAAUUGACAUCGAUAUCUCGAACUACCAUUUUAAACAUCUCUGGAAUAAAACGUUAAUUGCAUAUUAUCCGUAGCAUAUUCCCAUUUUGUUGUAAGUCACUGGUGCCUUAGGUCUUGCUUAAUGUAGACUGGUUAGUAUUUGUGUCACGUAUUUUUGUACUUCGACAGUCAACAGACUGGUAUAUGCAUUUUCAAGGAUUUCCGCGUGUAGAUAGCUACACGUUUUGAGAUUACGUUGCUUGAUAUUUGUGAGUGUCUAAAAUUUUCAUGUCACGCUGUCUGCGAAUAUUCAGUGAAAAUAAAACCAUUGCAAAAAUUGUCCCAAAUAUUCACUUUUGAUGUUUGUAGUAUAUAUUUGAUGUGUGCUUUUGAACUAACCUGUUGUGUUCAUUUUGUGCCAUACUAGCGCAAUCUAACUCGUGUGAUGUUAUCUGUCAUUCCAAAGUCUUGUAUUUUGUUAUUUGUUUUAUGAUGUAUGUUUAAUAGUAGGUGCUUGGCAAAAUGUGGUGUGUAUGUGUGAUUUUUAAAUUUGAGAGGCAUAUUCAUCUUUUGUCUUAAGUUAUGUUGUAGCAUAACUUGUAAGGUGUUGGGAUAUUUCCAUAUUUUGUAAUUUUGCACGUUUUUGAAGAUAGUGUUGAAGUGAAUAACGAAGAAAUUAAAUUUGUGUGUUGGGGGAGGUUGGCAGAAGAAUCAUUUAUUUUGAGAUACUGUUUCAACAUAGGUUGCUGUUUAAAAACACAGCCAUAAGGUGAAAAUAAAGACAUUUAUUGUGUGCUUGGUAUUUAUAGAUUAUUAGACUUGUAUCAAGAAAUAUUAUACAAGUUCAUUUAAUUGCAGAGUUAUUCUGCACAUUUGGGGCAUUAAUAUUUUGUUCCCUACUGAAGAAGCAGUGCAUAUAAAAAGCUAGAAUACAAAAUAGAAUACAAAGCUAGAGUUACGUCUCCCACACCACUGUGUUGGGAGACAUUGAUUACUCCGGUCUGUGUGUCCAUCUGUCUGUCUGUCUGACACAUAAUAAUUAUUAUCUUGUCUGCACUCUUAAGUCAAACAUUUCUCAUCUGAUCUUCACCAAACUUGAACAAAAUGUGUUUGCCAAUAAGACCUCAGCCAAGUUUGAUAACUGGCCAAAUCAGCCCAAGCCCUUCGGAAUUAUGACCAUUGAAUUACUGAAAAUACUGAUGCCAGUGAUACAGCUAUUGGUGCAUGGUUGACUCGGAUACAUAAUGGAGAAAAAUGCCAAUCUAGAUGAUUAGGCAGUUGUGGGAGACCUGCGCUUUUCUCAAAAGCGCCUCUAGUUUAUCUUUUAAUUACAUACACAUUUACACUGAACAAAAA